CUCCUCGCUGAAUUUUCGGUUUUGGUGGCAAAAAGGCCCUUCCUCUCUCUGUCUCUUUCAUCAAUUUCGUUCAUCGCUCUCUCUCUCAGAAUCUCAGUUCCAUUCCAAAUCUCAAACUCCAAGCAUUCAAAUUAGAGAAUAGCGUUAUACAAAUUCCACGGGUUCUUUCGGAUAGAGCGGAGUUGAGAAUUGUAAUAAUAAUAAUAAUAUUAAUAUAAAUAAAUAAAUAUUGUAAAAGAGAAUGGAAUCGAGUCGAAGAGCGGUGGAAUCAUACUGGAGGUGGCGGUUGAUCGAUUCAGCUACAUCCGAUGAAGACAAAGUCACACCUGUCUACAAACUCGAAGAAAUCUGCGAACUCCUUCGCUCGUCGCACCCUAACAUUGUAAAGGAGCUCUCAGAAUUCAUCCUUAAACGCUUCGACAAUAAGAGCCCCAUCGUCAAACACAAGGCUUUAAGAUUGAUCAAAUAUGCGGUUGGAAAGUGUGGUGCGGAGUUUAGAAGGGAAAUGCAGAGACAUUCGGUGGCCAUUCGUCAGUUGUUACACUACAAGGGUCAAUUGGAUCCUAUGAAAGGUGAUGCACUCAACAAGGCUGUGAGAGACACUGCACAAGAGGCUAUUGCUGCCAUUUUUUCUUCAGAUGAGAACAAUAAGCCACCGUCUUCAGCUCCUGCUGCUGCUGAUCUCAACCGCCGGAUACAAGGGUUUGGGAACACCAACUUUCAAGCGCCUCCUCAGGGUAAGAAAUCGUUUCUCAGUGAGGUAGUUGAUCUUGGAAGUGCAACCAUUAAGCAAGGACUCAGUGCCUUCACACAGGGGCAUUCUUCUCUCAUCAAGAAUGAAGCUGGGACUGGAAACUACGAUGGCCCCAAUCUUCAUAGCUCGUUCAAUGCAGAAACAGAACAACGUGGGGAUAGAUAUGAACCCGUUGCGUAUCGUAGGGAAACGCAAACGGCUUCUGGACUCUCAAGGAAUCAAUCUGGUGGCCCUUGGAAUCAGGAUACAGGUCCAACUAGGAUAGAAAUAUCGAAUGGGAAAACUGAUGCUAGUUAUGUGGAGAGUAAGACACGAGAGGAUAGAUUGAUGGAGACAGUUGCAAGUUCCGGAGGCGUGCGCCUGCAGCCCACUCGAGAAGCCAUUCAAGUUUUCUUGACAGAGGCUGCAAAGUUGGAUGCGAUGGCUUUGUGCCAUGCAAUUGAACGAAAGCUCCAAUCUCCGAUGUGGCAGGUUCGGGUUAAAGCUGUAUGUGUCUUAGAGUCCAUCCUUAGAAAGAAAGAUGAUGAUCAUUUUUCAUGUAUGGCAUCUUACUUCACUGAAAAUAAGGAUCUGGUGCUGAGAUGCUCUGAGUCCCCCCAAGCUUCUUUAAGGGAAAAGGCGAAUAAGGUUCUUGGUCUUUUAGGUGGAAGCCAACUAAAUGGUGCUAUUAAUUCAGAGAAGGCUGUGAAGACAGAUAGUGCUGCUGUUGCUGAGUUACCCAACUUGAUUGACACUGGUGAUUUGAAUGACUAUCAUGGAACAGGUGAUACUAUAAAGAGUACAAAUGAUCAAAAUGUAGCUAAUUUGACGUCAUCAACACCUCCGACUCUGGCUGAUGAUUUAUUUGUAAAUUUUAACUCUGGGGUAGCUAGUAAUGAACUAAAAAAUGAUGAUGACCCCUUUGCGGAUGUCUCAUUUCAUUCUAAUGACAACAAAGAACAUGUCGAUAUCUUUUCAAGGAUGACUGUUGGUGAUCAUAAACUGGGUCAUCAUGUGAGUCAUGGUCUGGGGAAUAGAAGUAAACCUGAAACUGAAAGUACUGACAAUUUUGCCUCUAAUUCCAGGCAUGGAAAUAAUGGAGAGUUUGUUGAUGAUUUAUUUGCUGGCUUGUCCAUUGAUGAAAAUACCUCUAGCACAAAACCGAAAGCAACAUCUCCUGCCAUGCAAUCUGAAUCUUUAUUUUCUGGCUUAAGUAAUCAUGUUAGCCAUCUGGGACCUGACAAUGGUUUAGGUAGCAUGUUGGGCUCUCAAGCAGUUGGCAUCAAUGUAAAUUCUAUAUUUCCUCCUGGGCAUCCACCUUACACCACUCAGCCUGGUGUUAUGUUGAACCAACCAUAUUCUUCUCAGCCACAUAAUUAUGGUGCCUUGGGAAAUCUCUUGGCUCAGCAGCAAUUUCUGGCAACAAUGGCUAAUUUCCAACAUCUUAAUAAUGUCAACAAGCAUGAUGGUAGCACUGAUCAAAAUGCUGAACGCAAUGGAAGAACACCUCUUCCGGACAUAUUCCAAUCAAAAUUUUCAGCUCAAACUCCUAGCUCGAUGGUCAACAGCUCAAAGAAAGAAGAAACUAAAGCAUUUGAUUUUAUCUCGGAUCAUCUUGCUACUGGAUAUGAUUCAAGGAGAAUGAUUUAAGAUUUCAACGAUGCUGUUAUGAAUUUCACACGACUAAAUCAAAGUGGUUUAUAAUUUUCAAUGAAGAAAGAUGAUUUUCUUUGUCAUGAUGGAGCAUUUUAGAUGUUAUUUGAUUCGUCCAUGUCAACAACAAAAUAUAUGAGGAAAGUUCUUGCACUUGGAAGAAGAGGAAAUGAUUUCUAUAUUUCGAAAGGAAAUGAAUAUUAGAAUGUUGCCUUUUUUUUCUUUCUUUUAAUUCUUUUUGUACGUAGUUGAGAUUUUCGAUCUGUAUUCCAGGCACCAUUAGUAUUUAGCAAUACCAUGUGGGUGCAUCCGGCGCAAUGUCUUGUUUUUUUCCUGCAGCAAUGCGUAUGAGUUCUGUUUUACCCUUUCUUUUA